UUACUAUGGCAAAAAAUGGGGAAGAGUCAUGUAGUUUUACCUAUGAUGUUUUCCUUAGUUUUAGAGGUGAAGAUACACGGCACACAUUUAUAGGACAUUUUCGUAAAGAGUUGCGCCGUAAGGGAAUUAACGCUUUUGUGGAUGAUGAGAAUCUGAGGAUAGGGGAAGGUAUUUCACCUGCCCUUUGCAAAGCCAUUGAAGAAUCUAAGAUUAUGAUCAUUGUGUUUUCUGAGAAUUAUGCAUCUUCCACAUGGUGCCUUGAUGAACUUGACAAGAUCCUAGACUGUAUCAAGAGGAACAACAAACAACUUGUUUUCCCAAUUUUUUACCAUGUAGAACCUUCAGAUGUAAGGCAUCAGAGAAAUCAUUACAGGGAAGCCAUGAAUGCACACGAGGAUAGGUUUGGCAAAGACUCAGAGAGAGUGCAGGCAUGGAGAUCAGCUUUGUCUGAAGUAGCUAACUUAAAAGGCCACCAUAUUAGUUCUGGGUAUGAGAUCUAUGUUAAUAUAGGUCCUAAACCUUUACAUAUUGAUCAGAACCUAGUUGGACUUGAGUCACGCACAGAAGAGGUGAAGUCACUUUUAGACAUGAAGCCUAAUGAUGACACUGUAUGCAUGUUGGGCAUAUAUGGAGCUGGUGGAAUAGGGAAAACAGCCCUUGCACAAGCUUUGUAUAACAAGAUUGCCCACCAAUUCGAAGCCGCAAGUUUUCUUGCCAAUGUUAGAGAGAAAUCAAACAAAAUCAAUCGUAUUGAAGAUCUACAGAAAACACUUUUAUCAGAGAUGUUGGAGGAGUUGGAAACGGAGUUGGGCAGUACAAGUAAAGGAAUCUAUGAAAUAAAACGCAAGCUUCACCGUAAGAAAGUUCUUUUGGUUCUUGAUGAUGUUGAUGACAUAGGAAUGUUAGAAAAAUUAGCAGGAGGAUGUGAUUGGUUUGGUUCAGGUAGCAGGGUCAUUAUAACAACAAGGGACAAAGGUUUGCUAAUUGCUCAUCAAGUUGAAAAGAUUUAUAAAAUGACAGAACUUAAUGAUCUGCAUUCCCUUGAGCUCUUUUGUUGGAAUGCCUUCAAAAAGAGCCAUCCUCCAACAGGUUAUGAAGAUUUGUCUUCUCGUGCAGUUGGUUAUGCACAGGGUCUUCCACUGGCUUUAAAAGUAAUAGGCUCUGAUUUGGCUAUGGAACAAAGUUUAGAUGCUUGGGAAUGUGCAUUGAAAGAAUACGAGAGGAUUCCAAAUAAGAAGAUUCAAAACGUGCUCAAAAUAAGCUUUGAUAGAUUGGAGGAACAUGCUCAGCAGGUUUUCCUAGACAUAGCUUGCUUCUUCAAAGGGGAGAGAAUAGAGUCUAUUACAAAGAUACUAGAGGACUUCGAAUUGAGACUUGAUAAUUGUAGGAACCUAACUGAGGUUCAUGAAUCUGUUGGAUUUCUCAAAAAUCUUCUUCACUUAAGUGUUUCGCAAUGCACCAAACUCAGAAAUUUCCUGCAAAGAAUGUUUCUGCCAUCUCUGGAAGUCCUUGAUCUUAAUUUAUGCAUAAGACUUGAACACUUCCCAGAUGUAGUGAAAAAGAUGAAUAAGCCAUUGAAGAUUUAUAUGAUAAAUACUGCUGUUAAGGAACUGCCAGAUUCCGUUGGUAAUCUUAUUGGGCUUGUUUGUAUAGAUAUGCCAAGUAGCAGGAAACUCAGAUAUCUACCUAGUAGCUUAUUCAUGUUGCCAAAUGUUGUUGCCUUUAAAAUGGGAGGAUGUUCUCAACUUCGAGAAUCCUUCACAUGGUUCAUAGGGGGUCCUUCAGCAGCAGAAGGUCGUUCACCAUUACAAACAUUGUAUUUCGAAAAUGGUGGUUUGUCAGAUGAAGAUCUUCAUGCAGUUCUCAACUGUUUUUCAAAAUUAGAAGAGUUGAUUGCAUCGGAAAACAAUUUUGUAUCUCUUCCUGCUUGCAUUAAAGAAUCUGUUCACUUGACAAGUCUCGAUGUGAGUGUUUGCAAGAAUCUUAAAAAAAUUCCUGAAUGCACUAACUUGAGAAUUCUUAAUGUCCAUCGUUGUGGGAAGCUUGAGGACAUUUCAGAUUUGCCAUCUACUAUUCAGAAAGUAGAUGCAAGAUACUGCUUCUCUUUAACUCGAGAGACGUCAACCAUGUUAUGGUCUCAGGUGUCAAAAGAGAUACGUGGAUUAGAAGUUGUGAUUGUGAAUGAAAUGGCAAAACAAUCUCGUAGGCAACUUGUUGAGCUCCACUUGGUUAUCAAUGGUCAAUGUGUGCCUCGCAAAGGCUAUUACAACUUCAGAAUUGCAGCAGAUCAUGUGUUACUUUGUGAUCUAAGACUUUUGUUUAGCAAUGAGGAGUGGCAUGGCCUUGAUGCGUUUCUUGAGCAUGAUUGGAACCUAGUGCAGAUUUCAUAUGAAGCCACCUUAAGUUGUUGGGGAGUUUUUGUGUACAAACAAGGAACCAAAGUCGAUGAUGUCAAAUUCAUGUGUCCUGAUCCUAAGUACUCAGAUAUAGCUAACAUAUCACAGACAAUAAUUCCUACAAGGGAUUCUAGGAUGGAACAAAUGAAGAUGAUAGAGAGCUUAGGUCUUGAUCAAAUUUUUGAUGGAAUGUUGAUGGAAUCCAUGGGCCUCAAAGAACGAUGGGGUUUUGCCUAUGAAAAUUUUGAUAUAGAGCAACAUCAAGUUCUAUUGGGAGGUUUGAAGGAGAUAUCGAGGCAGGCUAAGGAUGUAUUAGAAUCCAAUCGACCUUCGGAGAAACCUUGUGGAACAGGAUCAGCUCUAGAAGAUAAAUACUCCAUCCUUGCAGCGUGGCUAGAGAUUAAUAAUAAAAUUGAUGAUGAGGAACGUGAGCCUUCAAACUUUUGGGUUGAAUCAAAGCCUCCUAUCGAUGUAGGAGAAGCUUCAAGCUCUGGCCAUCAGGGAAGUGGCAGCGAUCCCCAACAGCAAGAUAGAAUGAUCGGAAUAUUUUGGGAGGGAAUGGAGGAUGGACUUCUUGAAGCACAGAAUAGCUUUCCUUCUCUAGAUAUACAGACAACCAUGUGUGCUGCCUUAAACAAGGGUAAUAGGGUUGCAUGGUUACUCCCAGAGUCAGAGGUAGAACACCAUGAAGUUGAAGGUCUACUACUACUACCCCAAGUAGAAAAGAAGAUAUACAUAGAAGGAAUCUUCAAUGGACUCCUGGAAGCAAAGAAAAGCUUUCCUACUCUUGAUAUAGACGCAAUACUAAAUACCGUGUUAAGUAGGGGGAGCCAUAAAGGACCUAUUCAAGCACCACCUGUGAUUCAACAAGUACUGGAUGGGACUACAGUGAUGGUUCCUAGCUCUGAGGAUCCUUUGUUGUAAGCAUUCAUGAUGAUGAAGCCGGAAAGUUGUGAAUCAGAGGCCA